AUGGAUCCUAUAGAAAUACCACCUAAAGAUGAAGAAGAAUUGUUAUUAGAAAAGUUAGUUUUCGGAGAUAUAGAGAAUUUCGAAAUCAACUUGAAACAAACUGAAAAUUUCUUCGAUUCUUCCGACGAAUACGAAAGCGCAGACGAAAGUGAAGACCAAAGUGAAGAUGAAUUUUUCAUCGAUGAUGAUGGUGAUGAUAUGGAAGUUGACGAAGAAGCUGAUUCUGCUUCUGAUUCCGAUUCAGAAAAUGCAUGGAGUGAUAGUGAAGAUGAAAAUGUCACUGUUGCUUUAAGCUCUUCUAAUAAAUUGAAAAAAUUAAGAGCUUUUGAAAACGAUAAUGAAGUUAAUGGUAAGAGUUAUAUAAAUCGAUUGAGAUCUCAGUUUGAAAAAAUCUAUCCCAAACCAGCUUGGGUAGAGAAACUCACAGAAGAAACAGAAGAACAGGAGCAAGAUGAAGACGAAGAAGAUUAUGAUGAUGAUGAACAAGAUGAUGAAAUCAAACAUGAUAGUAACUCCAUAUUGAAAAUUCUCAAAACUACUGACAAAUUCAUAAUAACUAAACAGUUGAAGUUGAUAUCUCCUCACAAAUUGUCCAUAUCACGUUUGAAAGAUGCCAAUCAAAGCAGAAGAGCCAAAGGAGGAAUUCAAAGUAUGUGUUUUCAUCCUACCAGUCCUUUAUUAUUAACUGGGGGUUUUGAUAAGACCGCAAGAGUGUAUUAUAUUGAUGGUAAUCACAAUGAAUUGGUAACUUCAUUGUUUGUAAGGAAUUGUCCUAUCUAUUCAUGUUCCUUCUCCACCGUCAACAAUAAGAACUUGAUUUUCGUCAGUGGAAGAAGAAAGUUCAUGAACAAAUGGGAUCUUGAUUCUGAUGAAAUUGAAAAAAUCUCCAGAAUGUAUGGUUAUGAAAAAUUCCAAAAAUCUAUGGAAUCGCUUAAAAUAUCCAAAUCAGGUAAAUAUCUUGGUUUGAUGGGUAGCUCAGGUUACUGUAACAUCUUGAAUGGUUUGACCGGUCAAUUCAUGAUGAAUUUCAAGAUCGAAGGGACCAUAAUAGACUUUGAUUUCUCUUCCAAUGAAAGAGAACUCAUCAUUGUCAACACCAAUGGAGAAGUAUGGGAGUUCCAAUUAAGUGAUAAUCAAUUAACCUCCAACAACAAACCUACCAAAAGAUGGAGCGAUGAAAGUGGUAUUGGAAUCACCAAGAUCAAAUUAGGAGGAAAGAACAGUAAAUAUUUGGCUAUAGGUACCAAUAAUGGUAUCGUUAACUUGUACGAUAGAUCCAAAGACGAAGCCAAUCCUAAACCUUUCAAAGUAAUAGAUAAUUUGAUCACCACAAUUUCCACCUUACAAUUCAGUCCUGAUGGUCAAUUAUUAGUGGUGGCAUCAAGAGGUAAAAGGGACGCUUUAAAAAUUGUUCAUUUACCUUCAGGUUCUGUGUAUUCUAACUGGCCCACUUCUGGUACUCCAUUAGGUAAAGUUUUAUCAGUUGCAUUUUCUCCUAACAACAAAAUGUUAGCCGUUGGAAAUGAUGCUGGUAAAGUAACAUUAUGGAGAUUAAAUCAUUAUUAA